GCAGUCGGUCACUAGGAACGUGUGGGGCAGCGUGCGUGCGCGUGCGUGGAUGGGCGGGCAUGGUGGCAGUGCGCUGUGUUGGGGCUCGUCGAAUGUUUGCAAAGGAUCUAGAAAGAAGGUCUAGAAGGGGUCCUUGUGGAUCCUUACCGGUGGUGCUCUGGAAGCUUGAAACGUGUCUGUGAUUUCCCUUCAUGUGAUGACCCUCGUCCCCAUUGCUGUAAAUACCUUUUUGCUCCCAGUGAAUGUGCUGUCCCCUUUUUUUUCUCGUGUUCGAUUCUUAAAAGUUGACGGAGUUCGGAAAGAAAGUGCAAAGUAUCCUUCGGUGGCGUAGAAUUGAGAAGGAUUAAAGGGCGUCUAAGCCCCAUGUGGUGGUCGUAGUAGUGAGGAAGGUCGUUCCGUCUGACGCAUCCUGGUCGUAGUUGACGAGCGUCUUGUGACCCUCUUACCCUGAGCAAGAACCGUGCCUCCCUCACCACGUGGUCCAGGGAGAAGGCGGGCACGGGCAGGGGUGGAGGGGCAGGGCAAGGAGAGGCUAGUGCCUGUUUAUCAUCAACUUCGCCGUCUGGUGGCGAGCCAAGAAGACCCUCGUGUAAGCGUGGGCGUUGAGGGUAGACAGAGAGUAGACCCUGUGUAGGCGCGGAGAUACCCAAAGUAACACACUUGAUGUCACAUCAAAUGCAAUCGUCGCCAUCCCUUCAGUAUAAUACUGGCCAUAUCCAAUCUCAGCACUGACAUCGACGGCAUCGACGUCAUCAUCGUCAUUUUCACAUCAUCACUUUUUUUUACCAUAGCAUGGAGCCGUCAAUUCACCCAGCUGCAUCCCGUUAACAUCGCCCUCAGUCGUCGUCCUGAGGGAAAAUUAAUAUAUGAAGAGUGCAUUUAGGACAUUUACAUUAAAAUACGAAAUACCUGUUCAGUCAGCGUCAUUAAGAGCUGAACACCUGUUUCAUUUUUACUAUCAAACAUCUGUUGGGAGAAAGAGCAGGUGUCGACGCGCAAGGACAGGAUGGUCUCGACGCUGCAUAUCACACUCAGUUACAACAUGCCACCCGCGCAUGCUAUAGGUCGAAGCGCAUCGUGCGAGGAUGCGAAUAGGAUAGGCCUCGUAGCUUCCGCCGGGGGAUUCCCUGCCAAGACAACAUCCUUCUCGUCCUCCAACGUCGCGGAAGCCAAGCGGUUCCUCGGGGGCUCGAAGCCUAUCUCUUCCUCCAGAAUCUCGAGUGCAACCACAGGUCCAGGGGGAUAUCCUUUAAGAAAUUCGUCCCUCUCGACCUCUAACGUGCCGAGUGUCACGGCGGCGGAAGGAUUCGGUACAAAGACGACCUCGUUCUCUUCGUCCAACAUCCCCUCCGUAACGGUCCCUGGAGGCAUAGGCAACAGGGCAACAUCCUUAUCUUCCUCGGACAUCCCGGUUUGCACAGUUGGGAAUCGACCUCUCUCAAGUAGCAGCAAUUUCCUCCUCGCACCCACGCCGUACACGCCUUCAAGCGGCGCCCUGAGGUCGCCCUCCUGGUCGCCCGUCAGAUUCAACCCCUCCAAGCCGUCUGCUGCCCAAGGCACGAGCGGUCCCGCGCCUUCUGCCAAGCCUGCGAUCGCGACUUCGAACGAGACAAAAUGCCAGAGUCAGACUGCAAGUCACGCGAAAACGCCAGCUCCAGCCCAGUCUGCGGCGUCAUCGACGACCUCGGCCAAAGCCAAGAGUCAGAGCCAGGCCACGACCUCAGCAAAGACGUGGCCCAAGACGAGAGGUCAAAGCCAGGCUGCUGCUCCAGCUAAUUCGAAUGAAACUCCCGAAGUUCCGCCAUGGGUUAAAGUGCGAAAGAACCAGGUCACACUUCCAUCAACAACGUGGGUGAAGUCAAGGCCUCAGAGUCAGGCAACACCUGUAGCCAGCGAGGCCGCGACUCAAGGUGCAAAGCAUGUCCCGGCGCAGGUGCCGACCGCCGCGACCGCCCAGCCGACCAUGCAGGCCUUGAACUGGGCCUCGACGAGAGGCAAAAACAAGGCCAAGACCCCGACGUCGCCACAGGGACCGGCUGAGGCAGCAAAGCCCGAAGCGACUCAGGCACCAAGUGAGGCUAAGGCAGAAGGUCAAAACCAGACUCUAAGUGAGGAAACAACGAGCAACGACCCGGCGCCAAGAAGGAGUCGUCCGCAGGUGAGGACGAUUGUGAAGCGGGGGCUGGCGAGGGCUGACGCCCCACCCAACGCCCCCGAGUCCUCCGGCGCCAGCGCUCCCGCACCGGUGACCCCAACCACCGCGGGCGCUCCUCCUGUGCGACGCACAGCCUCAUCCUCCAGAUCACCCUUGAGAUCCCCAUCGAGGACGCCUGGCACCUCCCCGUCCUCCGGUAGCGUGCCAGACUGGGCCUUCAACUCGAGUCCAACUUCUUCGUCCGUGUCGCCUUGGAGGGUGGAGCCCAGGCGACUCAGGCCUUCGUCCUUUUCGCGCAUCGAGGAUAGCGUGCACAGUGGACGAGGAAGUAAGGGCGUGGUGGGUGGGGGUGUGAUGGAGGAUGGCACAUCCCACGCCCACGUAGCCGCCCGCGUCGUCUCUGCCUCCUCCGCCGCCCACCGCAAGGCCCAGUCUCUCCCGGGGCAUUACAGCCGCCCUCAGCACCUCCAACACACACCGCCACCGCAGUCCUUCAGGGAUGCUUUCACCACCAGCAAGAGUCCCACGCCCCCUGCUGUCUCUCCAGGCACUGCCCGCCAUAAUGCCACCCAAGGUCUGGCACCUGCCGCUCCUCCCAGGGGGCCGACCAGUCCCAGGGCACCAAGAGUCGUUUCCACUUCUUCCGUUGGCAGUCAACAGUACCAACAUCAGCAGCAGCAGCGACAGCAUCUGCAGCAGCGAUUGCUGCAACAAGAACAAAAUAUGCAACAAGCACAACAACAAAAGCUGCAGCAACAACAACAGCAGAGGCUGGAACAACAGCAUCUGCAGCAGAGGUUGGAACAACAGCACUUACAGCAGAAAAUGCAAGGUCAGCAUGAGCAGCGGCAGAAGGAAAGCGAACCAGCAGAGAGGCAGGCUCCCGUGCAAGAGAAAAAGAGCAAGCGGUCACUGCUGAGUGGCAUCUUCCGGCGGCGCAAGAAGGGCAUGGCAGAUUCCAGCUCAUCCAGUAGUAGUAGCAGUAGCGAUAGUGAGGAACCACAGAAGCGGCACUUCUUGAGGAGGAAGAGUAAGAAAAAGGAACCGAAGGAGAGGGAGCCGCUUCCCCCUCCCCCACCACCACCCCCUGCACUAGAAGACUACAGUCCCGUGGCUCGCGGUGCAGGUAGUGUGCGUGUCACGCCGCUGGAUGGUAGUGGGGGCUGUGAGAACAGCUUUAUGUCAACAGAUGGGCGAAGGAUGGUUCGAGUGACCCCCGCUGGUGUGAUCGGCACCAGUAGAGGCUUGGACAUACAGCCUUUGGGAAUUCCCGUUUCACUAGCUCAGCAAGGGCGUCGUGGUGUCUCAGCCUCUCAUGACUCACUGCCUGUAAGCCUAGGCUCAUGGGCUGGAGGUGGUUCACAUGCCUCAUUAGGCUACUGUUCAGGGGGAGGAAUGGGUGCUCGCAGCUCUAGCACAGACACCAUAAGCAAGAAGGAGCGGAGGGAGGCACUGAAGGCGAGGGUGGAGAGACUGCGGGAUAAAUUCAAGGAUUCAAGUUCUGAUGAGGAGAAGGCUUCUGUAUCAUCACACUCCAUGUAUGGCAGUGAGUCCAGCCUCUCUAAGACCAAUUCCCUUAGCAAGAGGUCCAGGGCUGCUCGCACAGAGCGCUUUCUCAGGAGAAAAUCACAGGAGCUGGAGACGUUGCGAACAGAAACAGAGAAGGAUCGGAGAAACCGCGAGGUUGUCCAGGCAAGGAUUCAGGAAAUCCAGCGGGUGAGAGAAUACGAAGCUGAACGGAACAGAAUCAAUGAAGAGAAAAAGAAGGAGGCAGAAAAGGCACACAAACCAAGGUGGUCUGCCAAACUUGUAUAUCAAGAGUCAAGUGAAUAUGAGUCAUCUGUUGUUCUGCGGACACCGUCAGUGAGUCCUGCAGCUAGUCCGCACAUGAAAGCAAAGUUCCAAGGUCACAUUCCACGUCAGCCAUCGGAGACCAGGGAAGCUGUUGUCAUGAGAAAUAAACAAUCAGUAGGAGUCUCACUAGUUCCACCAUCUGGACCUCACUUGAGAAGAAGUUUCCAGGAUUAUGAGACUCCUAUGCAAGGUGACCUACGUAGCCACAGAAGUGCUUCCUACGACAGUAAUAUUAAUAGAAGUUCUUUCAUCAUGCAGUCUCCAGGAAUGUCUCCAGUUUCUAGCAAUAUUCCAAGCAACAGAUCUGGCCUGACUCCUCCUGCCCCUCCACCACGAGACCCAAGUAGAAUAAUGUCUCCUGCAGAUGGACGUCCAAUGUCCUUCUCAUUCGAAAGCCUCAACCAAGAUCCUAACCGUCCAAACUCCAGUCAGUCAAGUUUAAGUAACUUCACCAAAGGUUCGAGUCCCAGCCCAAGUGUCCGCUCAGUUCCAGCCUACCUCGGCCCAAAGCCUAAUGGUCCACAAGUGGGUCCACCUCCAUUGGUGACAGCACCUACACGUCGCUCUUUCUCGGAGCUUCAGCUGUCUCCACAGCAGCAGACUCAGCUCAAGUACAAUACUGGUGGUGCUCCUGCACGUCCCUCACCUCCAGGUUACCCAAACACUCAUUAUAGGUAUACUGACCAACCUCCACGGCCCAUUGCACAGAACCAAUAUUACCGUGCACAACAACAGCAGCAGUAUGCACAGCCAUUACAACAGUUGCAGCAGCAUACUCAGUCACAACCACAAGUGGUCCAGAGUCAACAAAAUAACCAAUUAAAAUACUAUACUGAUCAGUCGCCUCAGUAUGCCAAGAUUGUGCCCAUUAGUAGUGUUCCUCCUUCACCUUCUUCAGAUUAUUCAUCAUAUAUGAGUGAUAACAGUGCAAGGCUCCAGCAGGUUAAUACAGCUUGGCGUCAGAAAGAGCAAGAGAUCAAGAACAAAAGGAAUUUACCAUCUCAAGUACUGAGUGAUUCUUCUCGCUCAAACAGUCCAAAAGGCAUUGAUGGGAACAACUCUAACAACAGCAUAUCACUUGGGGUAGACCAACAAGCUGAGGAGACCUAUGGCAGCAUUUUGCCCAAGAAGCCCAGGCCUCCACCAAUUACUCUAAAGCAAGCAGAGUCUCUCAGCUCACUCUCUGGUCAGAGUGAUGUGUCAAGUCCUGUACCCAAGGGACCAGACUCAGACUCCAGUCAAAGCAGUCUUGCACGGGAAAAGAAGACAGUGGCUCAGAACAGGCCUCUUUCUAUGGUUCUUGAGAAGUCAGAGUCUGCUGAGAAGGAUUCUCCUCCUGUCACCCCUAAGACACAACCUCAGCCUCCACGUCGAGGUCAUCGCCAACUUGCUGCUUCAGACCUGUCAGCAACUAAGCAACAAAUACUGCACAACAUCAUCAAACACAAGCGUGAACACCCUCAGGACAAACCCAAAUACCAGAAAGAGUUUGAGGAGAUGUACAGGAAGGAGAAGGAGAGGCUUGAAAAAAGCAAGUGCUCUAACUUUGAAGAAGCUUUAAAGGAAUUAGAAGAGAUCUAUGAUAGCCUUAAGCUGGAUAGUGAAGAUAUAUUAGAUCGUGCAGAAAGGAGGGACCUACCAACUGUCCAUCAGCAGUUGAGGAGCAAUAAGGAUGGACAAGAUACUUUGAAUGACUCGACCAGUGAAGCUACUGAGACUGACUCCACUGUUAAAGACAGGAGUAGCAGGCCACGAACACCCAGGAUGAGAAGAUCAGGAGUGCCAGAUAAACAAUCUGAUGACAUGCACUUCAGACGGUGCCAACAGAGCAGCCGGAACCAGCCAGAUGUACAGAAAGCCUUGCAGAUGACUGGAAGUUAUCUGCUGGUCUCCCCAGCCCAUACCACACCCUCUGAUGUGGACAAAAAUGUUCCUAAGGAUCCAAUGCUGGAGGGUGAACCAGACAUAGUUUAUGAUGAUGUGUCUUAUCGAAACAUCAAACAAGCAAAUGCUAUCAAAAUUAUUGAUCCACAGCCACCCUUUGGUAUACCUUUAGGACCCACCACACAGUCAUCUCCAAGUGACUACUUGCAUGUAAGCAGAAAAGAUAACUAUCGGCCCAAAAUGAUUGCUAGGAAACAGCCAGAUACAACCAUGGAUGACCUAGCUUUCAGGAACCUGCGAAAAGAACAAAGGGACAGAGAGCUCAAUACUUCAGAGCUGGAUGAACUUCUUUCGGAAGCCAACACAGAUUCCCCAGUACACAGACGACGUGCAAUUAGAUCCAUGUCAGCUGACCGUGCCCGUGCUAUGCAAAAUGACCAUAAUCUGCAGCAUGGGCAUGAGGGUGUAGGUGCUAGUGUGUCAAAAGACAGAGGUGGUAAAUUGCAAACACCUCGGAGAGUAAAGCAUCAGCAAGAGGCACGUCGUGCAGGGAGGUUCUUCGAGAGCUACAAAGAUGCUAUAGGUGAUAGUGAAUCAGGUCUUACAUCUCCAAGACACAAUCCCAGCUGGCUAGAGCGUGCAAACCUGACAGACAACAAGUGGGAAAACCUUAGUACAAGUAACCUCAGCAACCUUAGUACUAGCACUGAGACACUCACAGAAAUGUCAUCAGCAAGGGCAGUGUCUCAGCCAGACAUUCGACAGGCCAUUAUUCGUGAAGCCAGAGUUCCACCAGGUGGUCCCUCAUCAUGGAUAGAGGCCAAGAGGAAAUGUGCAGAGGCUUCUUUCACCUCUGAUGCACCCACAAUCACAACCAUCACUGCUCCAAAACUGGUCAAGAUCCAGACCAUUCAGAGUUCUCCUGUCUCACCUGUUUUAGUAGAGCGGAAACCCUACAGGCCCUUGGAUAGCAUCUUCAACAACAAGCCCAAACCAUUCUACUUGGCUGAUCCCAAGCCCACAGAACUGCAGCAGAAGCAAGAUCCUGUGGAUAUUGCACAUUUGGAUGCACUCAUCUCCACACUUUCCAAGAUUGAGACCAACGAAGAGACUACAACCCCGUCUACGCCACCAUCUACUUCACCAUUGACCGAGAAAAAUGUUGAUAAUGAUAAGCCAGAUGUAGUUUGUGACCCAGACGUAUUUGCUAAGCCAGACACCAUCAGUAAGCCAGACGUUAGUACCCCCUUGAAAAUUAGUGAAGAACCAGUAUAUGAGAAUGUGUUCGAGCCCCAACAGAGUGUUAACGAAUCCGCUGAGCCUGUAGAAAAGAUCUGUGCCAAAGCCAACAUUGAGAAGGCCAUACGUUUGUCCAUGGCCCUGGAAUCGAGUAACAGUGAAGGUAAAGAGGUUUCCACACGUAGGCGUAGUGCCAUAGAGCUGCCGCUAAGAGACGCUCAGCCUCCCUAUUCUUCUCUCUCUUCCAAUAUUUCUUCUACUAACGAUAAUUGCUUGAAUGUUAACUUGUAUAGUAGCCUUGUACCAGGGCCAUGCUCCCCUGAGAGGGUCACUCUCCUAGGGGAGGAGGACCUCUCCCAAGGUCCAGCCAAGGUGGCCACAUGUAAAGAUAGGGUAGAGGCUAUGAUUGUUACCUCUGAGUGUGUGCAUGACCGGGCCAGGCGGGCACACUCAGUGCCUGCCUCGCCAAAGGUAGUAGAGGAACACGCUCCUGUGUUUGAUAAAAUCUUUGAGGUAGCCACAAGGAGAGUUUCCAAACAACCGCGUGUUGUAGAUGAGGUGGUUGUUGUUGCCUCAGAGUGUAGUAGUCGUAGCCUAAGCAUAACACAGCCCCAAUGGAGCACUGUGAUGGGAAACUCUCACGAGGAUCCCAGCAGUGCACCCGAGUCUCCCCAAUCUUUUCUUCCUCCUGAGUCUGAUGAAUCAGAGUCUAAGCAACAAUCUGUGCAACAGCUUCAGAAUCAAUCACUUCUCAGCGCAUGCAGUGAUUCAUAUGUAAGUCUGUCAGAGACUCCAGGGGAUGACAGCCUACCAAGGCAUGCUGCUACUGCAAUUCUGCUUCAGAGUGAGCAUGUAAUGCAGCAUGAUGGAGGCAGUCAAGCAAGCCAUAAAGCCUCACGACCUCCUCCUCUAGAGGCACCUCCCCCGCCAGUCCGCUCCUCCUCCCUUCCGCCUUCUCCGGUGCGCACACGGGCCCCCAACUUCGCUUUGCACCUCUCUGGUCCACCUUCGCCCAUGCGCACCCGAACUGCUGUUGACAUGCCCAGUCCGGUGAGGCAGCAUUGCCUUCGUGGGCAUGUGGCACGUGGAUCGAGUGUGCCUGCACAGGGGCGACGGAGCAGCACGAGUAGUGAGGAGGGGGAGGAGGGACGGACCACUCUGUUGGUGAGGGCGGGCUCCCUUCCGCCAACCUCACGUCCCCCAUCAACGCGUGGUGCCCCUGGUGGCGACAGCAAGAACACUCGAAACCCUGCACCGCCAGGGCCACGCUCCUGUUCUUCAGGUCUUCAGCAGAGGAUAGCGUUAUAGGCCAAGGACCCAUAUAAGCUGAUGCAUGUACACGCACAUAUUUCUUUAUUGACUUACCCAAUGGAGGGUCACGUACCCUUUUAAGUGUUGUAGGAUCCCUUAAGAUGCCAUAAGUGAAUCUCAGUGGAUAUAUUGUUGUAGGUAUUGCACUAAACGGUGGUUUUAACAUAUAGGUGUCUGUAUAAGUGUUUUCACAUUCUCACACUCUCUCUCUCUCUCUCUCUCUCUCUCUCUCUCUCUCUCUCUCUCUCUCUCUCUCUCUCUC